AUGAAGGGACAGAAAAUACCACCUCUUCUCAUCUAUUUAUUUCACAUAGGUGCCACACUUUGGGGUGUUACAGAACAGGAAACAGUAAUGGGGCUGUUUUCCAAGGAUUGUAUCCUCCCUUGUCCUUUCCCACCUGGAGAUGAUGAAGUAAUUUACUGGAAGAAAGGUGACAAAAAUGUGCACAGCUACUACUACCAGAGUGAUCAGCUGGAAAGACAAGACCCGGAUUACAAACACAGAACACACCUUUUCCACGAGAACAUUCCUAGUGGAAAUGCCUCCUUGAAACUUAGUAACUUGACCGUGACUGAUGAGGGCUCUUAUAAUUGCUAUGUGGGAACACAGCAAACUAAAACAGAAGUGGAAGUCAUGCUGCGCAUAAGAGUGUCUUCUUAUUUUGCACUGGAAUACCAAAAGACAGGCACAGAAAGGAUGCUGAAGUGCUAUGCCUUUCUCACUUAUCCAGCACCACAUAUAUCUUGGGUACAAGGCAAAACACCCAUCCAAGAAACGGAUCGGCAGGAAACCAGGGAUGGAGUUCUCUAUUCUCUUAGAAGUGACCAAAACAUUACAAACACAGCAGAUCCUUACCACUGUCAUAUUCAUCUCCCUCAUGAAGAGUGGGCUGCUGAAUGGAAGAUGCAAGAGCAACUGUCUAACGUGGAAGGAAGUAGCGCUGCAAUUCCUUGUGAACACAGCAAUGAGACUGCAAACACUGAAGGUUUCAGUGUUGUCUGGACAUUAAACAGAAAUGCAGUGAUCUCAGUCCUGGCUUCCUUCAAUGGUACAUCUCACUCUUAUCAGCCUCGAGUCCAGAUUAACCAAAGUGACUUUUCACUGACGUUGCGUGACCUUACUGCAAAUGACAGUGGAGAAUAUCUGUGUAAUAUUUCAACACCUCACUACACAAAACUUACCGUGAGAAAUUUGCAAGUUGAAAAUUCAGGUAACACUGGGAAGAUUGUGCUAGGAGUGAUUGCGGCACUGGUGGUGGUGGUAGCAGGAGUCUGUCUCUGGACGACUUUUCAGAGGGCUGCAAAGCACCCUGAGAAUCUCGGAACAACCAGCGUACAGAACAGAGGGAUACAUAAGGAAAACUUCAUUUAUGACAAGAAGGGUGCCACUGUGGGAUGGAAACUGCAGCCUUAUAGGAGCACAUAGAACUAACAAGAAAACACACCGGAAAUUAAAAAUAUGUCUCUGUAAAUACACAAAACAGUUGUAUCUGAUGAGGAUGCAGACAUUAAAUAGUACUCCUUUGGCUAAAAAUAUAGCAAGCACUUAGAGGAUAUGUGGCAUUUUUGGUCAGAUGUGAGUGUCUUCUAGAGUGCAAUGCCCAAGCUCACGCUGAGGAAGAUGGUAAUCACACAGACAGCAGCAGUAUGCGAACUCCUUCAUCUUCCCUCUAGGACUGCAAGAUAGAUGUACAUGUCCUUGUUCCUGAAACUGGGUACCUAGCGAGCACAUCCAUUUCAGCUCAUGAGGUGGUAUCACAGUAUGCUGGUAUAUAUGGUUAUAGGUUUGUUUCAAAAGCCAGUUUGAGGCAAGGUCCCCUCACCAAGGUUAUCAAAAUAUUGACGAUAGAAAUGUCAAAAGACACAAAGCUACUGCUCCAUUCAGCAAUCCUAAUCCAGCCACCUUCAGAGCAGAUGCCAUUGCACAAUACAUCUCACUGAUGCAGAGCUGAGACAUCCCUGAUAAAUUACUGGGAAACAAUCUGUCUGGGCUGAACAUGC